GCUGACCGUCCCCAGCUCCUGGCCAGGACGAGAUGCUCAUGAGGAAAGUGCCGGGCUUCGUCCCGGCCUCGCCGUGGGGGCUGCGGCUGCCGCAGAAGUUCCUUUUCCUGCUUUUCCUCUCGGGGCUCAUCACCCUGUGCUUCGGGGCCCUCUUCCUACUGCCCCACACCUCUCGCCUCAAGCGCCUCUUCUUGGCCUCCCGGACCCAGCAGCCCGGCCUGGAGAUGAUGGCUGAAAUCACCGGCCACCACCCGGUUCCCGAGCAGGAGCCGCCUCCCAACCCGGCCCCUGCAGCUCCGGCCCCGGGUGAGGACGGCACCAGCAUCCUCCGUAGGAAGGGGUGGCUGCGGCGCACCCGUCCCACCGGGCCCCGGGAGGAGGGUAACAGCGUCGCGGCCCCCAGGUCGGGGGAAGAGAGAGUCCUGCUCAGCUUUGACUAUAAUGCGUUCCGGAGCCGCCUUCGACACCCGGUCUUGGGGACAAGGACUGACGAGAGUAAGGAGCCCGAGAGCCUAGUGCGAGUUCAGCGGGAGAAAAUCAAGGAGAUGAUGCGGUUCUCAUGGCAAAACUAUCGGCGCUACGCGAUGGGCAAGAACGAGCUCCGCCCGCUCACGAAGGACGGCUAUGAGGGCACCAUGUUCGGUGGCCUCCAAGGGGCGACCAUCAUUGAUUCUCUCGACACGCUGUACCUCAUGGAGCUGAAGGAGGAGUUCCAGGAGGCCAAGGCCUGGGUGGAAGAGAGCUUCCACCUGAACGUGAGUGGAGAAGCAUCUUUAUUUGAGGUGAAUAUCCGCUACAUUGGAGGACUGCUCUCAGCCUUCUACCUGACAGGAGAGGAGGUGUUCCGAGUAAAGGCCAUCAAGCUGGGUGAGAAGCUCCUGCCUGCCUUUAACACCCCCACUGGCAUCCCGAAGGGCGCCGUGAACUUCAAAAGUGGGAGCUGGGGCUGGGCCACCGCGGGGAGCAGCAGCAUCCUGGCAGAGUUCGGAUCCCUGCACCUGGAGUUCUUGCACCUCACUGAGCUCUCUGGCAACCAGGUUUUUGCAGAAAAGGUCAGGAACAUCCGCAAGGUCCUCAGGAAGAUUGACAAACCCUUCGGCCUCUAUCCCAACUUCCUCAGUCCAGUGAGUGGGAACUGGGUGCAGCACCAUGUCUCGGUUGGAGGACUUGGGGACAGCUUUUAUGAAUAUUUGAUCAAAUCCUGGUUGAUGUCUGCCAAAACAGAUUUGGAGGCUAAAAAUAUGUACUAUGAAGCCUUGGAGGCCAUAGAGACCUACUUGGUGAAUGUUUCUCCCGGGGGACUGACCUACAUUGCCGAGUGGCGAGGGGGGAUUCUGGACCAUAAGAUGGGGCACCUGGCCUGCUUCUCAGGUGGCAUGAUUGCUCUGGGUGCUGAGGAUGCAAAAGAAGACAAGAGGACCCAUUACCGAGAGCUGGCAGCUCAGAUCACCAGGACGUGCCACGAGUCCUAUGCCCGCUCAGACACCAAGCUGGGACCUGAGGCCUUCUGGUUCAACUCUGGCCAAGAGGCAGUGGCUACACAGCUGAGUGAGAGCUACUACAUCCUGCGGCCUGAGGUGGUGGAGAGCUACAUGUAUUUGUGGCGGCAAACACACGACCCCAUCUACAGGGAGUGGGGAUGGGAGAUGGUGAUGGCCCUAGAGAAACACUGCCGGACAGAUGCCGGCUUCUCGGGGAUCCAGGACGUGUACAGCAGCAACUCCAACUACGACAAUAGGCAGCAGAGCUUCUUCCUGGCCGAGACACUGAAAUACCUCUAUCUUCUGUUCUCUGAAGAUGAUGUGUUCUCACUGGAGGACUGGGUGUUCAACACUGAGGCCCAUCCGCUGCCUGUCAACCACUCUGACAGCUCAGGUGGGACUGUGCACCACCACUGACCCACCUUCUCUGCCCUGGUGUCCCAGGAUGCCAUCUUGGGAUCUGGGACUUUUCUCAGUGGCACUGGGGACAGCCGGUCCCAGGCAGACCCCGGACUCGUGCCGGGCAGGCGACUUCUUUUCCUCUGUGAGGAGACAGGACCUGGUGAUGCAGCGGCGUCAAGCCUGGGUUGUGGUGUCCCCCCACCCCUGCACCCACAUGUACCUUUCUACAGGAGAGUUUCUACGAACCCCACACUCGCUAUUGCGGGGCCAAAGGAUCAGAGGUUUGCGUAUCUACCCCAUGUAUUUGAUUUGCUUCCUUUUGGUUUGGGGGUUUGGGUUUUGCUUGAUUUUUGCCUUUUCUUUCCACUUCAGUUUUAUGACAAUUACAAAUAUAAUUUUCAAAAUUAUGCACUUGCUAAGACAGUGUCACCCUGUUCCAGGAGAACACACACAUGCAGUCCUGACCUGUCGUCUGUUUUUAACACCUAUUGCUCAACGUUGACUCUGUUGAACCACGUGUCACUUAACCUUAGUAUUUGAGGAGGGGUUCUUUGAUUUGGUCCCAAGUGUUACAGAUCACUAGUGCUAUUUUCAUUAUUGUAAUGGAAAAAUAUGUGAACUAGAAUAAAGGAGUUUAUUGAAUAAGAAAUAAGAUUGGACUCAUUGCACAACAGUGGCUCCUGAGAAAAUCAUUGCGAGGCUGUCAUCAGAAACAGUCACCAGCUGGCAGCUGAUCCAGAGUGUAAUGUAGUAAACAGUCCAGCUUCUAGUCUCUACCUUCAAUCAGCCCCAAUAGAUUCAGGAAGCCUGAGGCUGGCCGUUUAUAUGGAGUUGGGUAUGCAUGCUUAGAAGGAAGCUUGGAAGAAGCCCAGAGAGGACAAGCUACUUGCCUGAGGUCACACAGCCAGAAAAAUGGCAGAGGUGGGCCUUGCCUGUGGGGGUCUCCCAGCCCCAGCUCCUUUGUUUGUCUGCCACUAUUCAGAGGAUACUUGAUAAGCACCUGCCACAGACCAGAUGCUGGACUACACGUCAGGGACAAGGCUGAGAAUGAAAUGGUCAGAGCCAAGCAGUCAGGGGGUCAGAUCAUACAGGCACCCCCAGAGUAGUGAAGUGAUCUCAAGUCAUUGGAAGUGUCACCAAGGAGACACAGAGCUGAGCCAGCAGUGGUCAGGACCUAGUAAGGGGUUAGGGAGAGCCUCGCUGGGCAGGGGACCCUCAAACCACAACCCCAAAGUUAAGUAGGACCCGUAGGAAAGAUAUGCCUUAGAGGGAGGAGAUCCGCUACCCCAGACUUCUUCCCACCCUCCCUGUACCCACCACUGGUGCCCUGUGAACCCAGAGGUCUUCUGCAUAGCAAGGAGUCCAGGUCACUGUACCAAAGUGACAGGGUUUCCUCCCUGUCCUGGACACACUUGAAGCCUGGCCACAGCUAAAGUCACAGGAUAAGGUUGAGUCCAUUACAGCCAUUUCAUUAGGCUGUGCUUGUAAACUUGACUAGCCUUCAGGGCGUUGGAGCUCUUGGCCUGGCCUGUGUGACCACAGGCAGGAGGUUUCCCUCUCUGGGCUCUUCACCAUCAGCAGAGGGAGAAUUCCCAUGAACUGCCACCUCCUGAGGUUUCCGUAAAAACUAGUGAGAUGCUCCUGGUAUCCUGGGGUACAGGACGUUCUGCCUCCUUGUUCUGAAGGCUCAGAUACCCCAUCUCAUUCUGAGCAGAGCCGUGCAUGUACAGCCCCUGUAGCAGGAACACUGGUAUUGGACUCAUCGGUUACGCUCUGUUGCCAGGCGUCAUGGAAGUGGGUCUCCUGACACCCAUGACACAUACUUUCAAAGAAAAGGCAAAACAGGAAAACUUACUGCACAAACACCACAGGACAAUUAGGAAACUAAGAUAAGUGGAAAGAAAAAUCAGUUGCCAUCCUACUUUCUGGAACGAAUACAAUUAUAUUUUCUUCUAGACCUUUUUCUAUGAAUAUAUAGAAUAUAUAUAUUUUGCAAACAUGGUAUCACCCUAUGGAUACUGUUUUCUUAUAAUCUGCUUUUGCACUUAACUAUAUAUUGUGAACCUCUUUCCAUGUCAACAAAUAUACACGUAUGUCAUCACUGUU